CACCUGACCAAGAUUGUCACGGCUGCUCCGACGGCCAUUGUCUCUCGGCACCUCAUUUCUCAAGUUGACGUGUAGCUGCCAUGCCCGCAUCAAGCGCCCCGCGCGUCCUUCGAUCGUGGACGCCGUCUCAUUACAUGAAAUUUGGGGCGCAGCGGUUGCGGCCAGCCCUGGAUCUCCUGCAGGCCAUUCAACUCCCUUCGACUGCUUCCGACGUUGUGGACCUCGGCUGCGGGCCUGGCAACCUCACUCCCUUCCUCCGUGAACGUUGGCCUGAUGCGACGAUUCAAUGCGUGGAUGCGUCGCAAAGCAUGCUUACAUCGGCCAAGGAAAGCCACGUCGCCCAAGGCCUUGACAACGUGGAGUACGUCCAAGGAAACUUUGAGUCGUUCCACAGCGAUGCCCCCAUCGACGUCAUCUACUCCAACGCAGCACUGCAUUGGGUCUCAUUCGAUGUUCACCGGACCCUCCUCCCUCGUUUGCUGUCGUUCUUAAAGCCAGGCGGCGUCCUUGCCUUUCAAAUGCCAGACACACGGCAACAACCCAGCCACGUCCUCAUGGGCGAAGCCGCCAAACACGUCGGCUUUGACGUGUCCAAAGUGCGCUGGGUCACUACCGACGUCAAUGCGGAUGCGUACUACAACCUCCUGCGUCCGCUAGCGAGCGAGGUGCAUCUGUGGAGUACCGAGUACGUGUACCAAUUGGCAGGUGGCGAAGGCGUGCACCCUGUGGUGGAUUUCGUGUCGUCCUCCGGGCUCGGUCCAUACGUCGACGCACUUACUCCAUCGCAGCGUCCUGUGUUCAUGGACACGUACAAGGACUUGAUCGCGACGGCGUAUCCGCGGCUAGAGGACGGGACGGUCUUGCUACCCUACAAGCGAUUCUUUUGCGUCGUCGUGCGAUAAAUUGAGAAAAGCAUUUCAUCAACGGUUAACAACCUGUUGCCGUGGCUUUUGUC